AUGUUCUUCGAACUCGACGAUAUGUCUCAAAUGAAGGUCUCGAUAGAUGACCUUGACGAAGGGUUGCCACAAAAACCUGGUCUUGUCCCGAACUGCGGGCCACUGAUGAUUAUGAUGGAUAUCGCAAAGACGUUCGAUUUCUUCGAGCCAAUCGACGAAGCUAUUACGAUAUUUCUGGAUAAUAUCUCUGAUUAUCCAGCGAGCUUCUCUGCCCUGAUGCUUCCUUUCCUGGACGUAGUUGCAGAAGUCGCGAACCACGUGUUGGUGAACGAACGAAAGCUUGAACUCCACGAUGUCAGUGCGGAUGGACUCGAGCUUGAGUAUGAGAUGCUCGAGGUCGAAGAUGUCGUGGUCAUCAAGCUGACGACGAUAUCGUUUGGUGAGUAG